AUGAUAUUGUUUUCAAGGGUACCUGAGAUUACCAGUGAUCAUAUUGGGUACACUGAAGUUGACGGACCAAAUACAUGGAAUGGGACCUGCAGAACUGGCAAACGUCAGUCGCCAAUAGAUUUCCGAGCUGUUGAUAUUGUUUGGGACGGCGAACUGCCACGAGUACAUUUUGCAAAUUACGGAGCAACAUCAGGAAGACUAAUGGUCUCUAACGAUGGCCACACCAUUUUAAUUAACGGUUUCGAUAAGUGGGGAAAAAACCAACCAUAUAUUUAUGGUGGUCCGCUAAAUGGUGAAUAUACGUUACAAGCUUUUCAUUUUCAUUGGGGUCAAGACGAAGCACACGGAAGUGAACAUACUAUCGGAAGUCUUCAUUAUCCUGGCGAAAUUCAUUUUGUGCAUCGCAAGCGUGAUUUAAACGAAAACGGAAUUUUACAAUCAGAUUCGUAUGUGGUUCUUGGGGUUUUUAUGGGUAGUGGUAAUGACAAGAAAGCAUUCAAACCAUUCGAAAAAGCUGUUCAGAAAGUCGUCAGUGAAGCGGGAAAGUCAGUCGAACAGGAGGAUCCCUAUAGUUUGAUGGACUUGUUUCCUACAAAUAUGGCCGCGUAUUACACGUACGAAGGAUCGUUGACAACACCUGGAUGUAACGAAGUUGUUACAUGGAUCGUUUUCACUGAACCCGUAUCAUUUUCGCCAGAGCAGCUGAGCUUAAUUCGUCAAACCAUUAUCACCCAUGAUGGCAAACCUGGGUCUCCCUUCCGGCCGACGCAAGAUCUAAACGGCAGAAAGAUUCGAUUUAGACCAGCAGCAAAAACGCUAUAA